AUGGAAGAAGACAAUGCACACGAUAUAUUCAGAUGGUUCAGCACACUUAAUCCACAAGAAGAAUGUGUCUCCGUAACAUUUCGUGGGGAGAAUUACAAUGCAGAGCUGAACCUCCGAGGGAAUCUGCUCAGCUGUGUUUCUACGAUUGAUGCUAAGGUACCGCUCCUGUUCGUUAUAGAAGGAGCAACUGUGCGGAAAUACGUAACCGAGGAUUCGUCUUUCGCAUGUCUUGUGACAUUUCCUGACCCAUUCGAUAGUCUUAUUCUACAUUUUGAUUCAGAAAAAACGCGGGAGUCUUGGAUGGUGAAAAUAGCAACAUGUUCCCAUCAGAUGGCUCGUGCUCAACUUGAUGAAACUGCAUACAAAUUCUACACGAUGGGUUUAAAGCAAGAUGCUGAUGCAGAAGAUCCCCGUACAAUUAACUCUUUUUACCUUGCGAAUCCACACAAGGUUACACAUAAUUUUGCUCUAUCACAGCAGAACAAUCUUCCAGCGCGUCGUGUGUCUUUUGUGGAGAUUAUGUCGGAGUCCAAACUGUCUAUAGCUUUACCGUUGGAGCUCGUUAAGCUGUACAAAAAAUGGAUAACGGAAUUUUCCUGUCUGCUGGAGGCGCGACAACAUAGCUGGCCAUCAUUUGCUAUUCCUGCUCUGCAUGACGUCUUGAGGGAAAUCAGAGAAAAUUCCGAGACGCUCGAGCAGUGCUUCGAAUUUCUCCAAAAUUAUUCGGGCCCGUCAUUCCGUAAAUCUACCGAGAAACACAGGAUUGCAUUCGCUUCAGUGCCUACCAAUCUUCACAUCAACCACUCGACUGUGGAGCAGGGUGUCACAAGAAGUAUCCUUAGCUGCGGCACUGCUUCUGCUGUUCCGCUCCGCUUCCAGAGUGGUGGUUUAAUGCGAUUGUCUGCCUUAUUAGAAGUUGAUAAUUCAUUCCAUGACUACGCUUUUUGGUCAAAACAUCAAGUCGUAGUUGAUUUGAAGAAACACAUCGGACAGCUUAGCCACAGAAUAGACGUUGAGUGGACAGGCGAAACUUUUGAGAAGCGCAACAAGUUGUCUUCGGACGUUUCAGAUGCUGUUAAAAGUAUUUACGAGGAGAUGAAAAAUAUGAUCGAGGAUAUCCCAUUAUUAGAUAACUACGCUGACAUAUUAAUGAAUGAGGAGAACCGAAGAUUAUUUUUAGGACAGAACAUCGGAAGACAGUUACCUGACAGUCUCCAAAACCAGCUGGAUACGAUUGACGCUAUGUUGGUCAGCUUAAGCACCAAAGUAGCUGUGAUGAAUAAAAUAAACGACGAGCAGAGCAAAAGUGAUGUAUACGAGAAGUCCGUUCAAGAUGCUAUUUGUUCAAGCCUAGAUGCGCUGCUAAUACUGGCAGAGUCAAUCAUGGAAGCACAUCUAUUUGGACUCGUUGUGGAAUUACACAAGAGCUCAAUGACGCAUCUGUACUUCCACAUGCAACUCAGGACAGAUUUUGUGCUGUCGCAGGCGAUCACAGUCGCUGCUACUGCUAUCGUUGACACUGUGUAUAGGGGAUGGCCUAUGUUUGAAGGUGUUCCCAGUGAUCUGCUUCUAACAAUUUCUUCCUUUCUCUCGGCUUACGGUGACGAGAGGGGAAUGGCAGAGGAUGCUUGGGAAGCAUGGCGACAGCUUGAAUCACGGGUUGUAUUCACUUUGAUUCGUGCUCCUUCAUCAGUAUGUCGCACUUGUGUUCCUGUCGUAUCCGGUCAACGGACUGAAAUUACGGUUUCGGUGCCUUUGCCUCGCGAGAUCUAUGACUACCUUCCACCAGAACUGAAGUUGCGGAAGCACAUUGCUGUCUCUUGCACGUACUUUAAUAUCGGGGUGAAUCACGAAGCAACAUUAGGCCAAUCGUUUGGUGGGGUCGCUCUCGAAACUGCCAUUAAUCAAGAGGGUGCCGAGCGGAUGUUGACGUUCUCAAACCGUUUUUCUGUUAGCCAAGGUGCAAGAGACGCUGUUAUGGAGCUCGUCAAUGUUAUCGCGACCGAGCCGUCACGGAAAAAUCUUGCCAUCUUUGAAUGGGCAAUGACGGCGUGUCAGUUAAUGGGUGGACAAGCAGUAAUUUGCUGUAAAAGUGGAAAAGAUCGCACGGGAAUGGCGGUCACGUUGGAGCAGGGACGACUUCUCCGUGAAACAUGCGGACUCAACGCAGCACAGCUUCAAGAAGUGAUUGCCUCGCUGAGAAGAGACGGCACUCGAAGAGAAAACUGUCGAAAAAAUGUUGGAAAAGCUGUCUACUCUUUCAGUCCAUUCCAAAUGCAUUUCCUCCCAAAGGCUUUUCGACCACCAGGUGGGACUUACGCUCAAGGGGUCGCAAGUUGA